GGGGUGAUGCUGGUGCUGAUUACAGGACAGUUUGUCAGAAUUAAAGGGGAUGCAUGGGGGGGAUGCGAGGCAGCAGACUUUGCACAGAGGCUGGAUGGAUCUGCGGGGAGGAGGAGGAGCGCUCUCUCAAAAAAGCGAGCGGCACUGUCGUGUUUGUAGCAGUCCAGCCGGAGCUAGGAGCAGAGCAGCGAUCAAACAGGGUGCAGCAUCAGAGAUUCAAGGACCUGCAAGUACAGGAAGAGGCACCAGGAGGCCCGAGGAAGGCAGCUAAAAGGCCUCAGCCAAGACGAGCGGUGUCUGUGGAUGGACAGUGGAGGCAUCCAUGGCAUCACAGGAGCUUGUGGAUGCGAUAAACUCUCCCACUGAUAAUCUGAACCCAGAAAUGGAGGGUGGUGCUGUGCAAGGCAAUGGUAAAGCAUGUCCUGUCCACACGCCAGGCGGAGAGGACACAAAGAGAGGCUUUCGGAAAGGAAUUGGGAGACAUAAUGACUACGUGAAGAUCUCUGUGCCGGAGUCCAAGGCCAAUCGUCUGCCAAUGGAAUGGUGGAAGACAGUAAUCGCUUUCUUUUAUGCUGGUUUUAACUUGGUCCUGACCACAGUCGUCAUCACCAUUGUCCACGAGAGGGUCCCACCCAAAGAAAGCAGCCCACCUCUUCCUGACAAGUUCUUUGACUAUAUUGACAGGGUCAACUGGGCAUUUACAGUGACAGAGAUUAAUGGCAUGGUGCUGCUGGCCAUUUGGUUGAUCCAGUUGUUCUUCUUCAGAUACAAGUCAAUAGCGAGUAGGCGGUUCUUCUUCCUCAUUGGCACCCUGUACUUGUACCGCUGUGUCACUAUGUACAUCACCACCCUGCCUGUACCUGGCAUGCAUAUGACUUGCGCUCCUAAGCUUCACGGAGACUCCCAGGCUAAAUUCCAGCGAAUUCUGCGGCUGGUCUCUGGUGGUGGUCUGUCCAUUACAAACUCCCAUCUCUUGUGUGGAGACUUCCUCUACAGUGGACACACUGUGAUGCUCACUCUCACCUAUCUGUUCAUCAAGGAGUACUCGCCGCGGUCGUUCUGGUGGUACCAUCUGAUGUGCUGGCUGCUAAGCGCUGUAGGCGUGGUGUGCAUCUUGGUGGCACAUGAGCACUACAGUGUGGACGUGGUCGUGGCCUAUUUUAUCACCUCCCGCCUGUUCUGGUGGUAUCACACCAUGGCCAACUUACAGACUCUGAAAUGCUCGCCCAACAACUACCUCACCAACACCUGGUGGAACCCGCUGUUCAACUUCCUGGAGAGGAACGUCCAAACCUCGGUGCCAUGUUCUUACAGUUGGCCCAUCACUUGGCCUCCAGCCUGCCUUAAGAACCCCUGCAAGAAGUACUCCAUGGUACAGAGCACACGAGAGGAGUGACAUGACCCCGAUACCCCAGCAGUGUUGCCUGAUAAUCAAUUGAAAGCGGUAUUCUUUCAUUCAGUCCGGUCUACUGGACAGGAACAUAUUGAUACCAAAUACAUAGCUUAUUCAAGAGAUGUUUCUGCAAAAAAUAUGUCUAGAAGGAUAGUCAUGUUGUCUUCGUGUGUUCUUUAUGUAAUUUAUUUAUGAGUUAAACUCCUGCAAAGCCAUCGUUGUGUUUGUAACUGAUACUUGUGUCAGCUCCCAGUGAAUUUCAAUCAUGAACAGACAGUUUGUUGCAGUAUUUGUUUUAGAUUAUUUUUAGAUCUGCUACCAUAAGUCUUUCAUACUGUAUGUGUUGAUGGGGUUUACCUCAAUAUGAUAUUAAUGUGCUGAAGUCACAUGGUGCCUUAGUGUGUUAAAUGUCAUUGGUGUUCCAAAACUGCCAUUACGAGUCUUGCUGUAUUUUUUUUCCUAUGAGUUUUUUUAUUAUUAUUAUUAUUGUUAUUAUUAUUAGAGUUGUAUUCAUUUUAGUAGCCUUCAGUGUGUGUAUCCUAGUUGUAGUCUCAACAUACUAUUGUAUUAAAA